AGGUGGGGAGGGAUGGAGCGAGACCCAGUGGGGCUGACCGGGACGUACCGGGGCUGAACGGGACCUGCUGGGGCUGACCGGGACGUACCGGGGGUGAACGGGACCUGCUGGGGCUGACCGGGACGUACCGGGGCUGAACGGGACCUGCUGGGGCUGACCGGGACGUACCGGGGGUGAACGGGACCUGCUGGGGCUGACCGGGACGUACCGGGGCUGACCGGGACCUGCUGGGGCUGACCGGGACGUACCGGGGCUGACCGGGACCUGCUGGGGCUGACCGGGACGUACCGGGGGUGACCGGGACCUGCUGGGGCUGACCGGGACGUACCGGGGGUGAACGGGCUGUACCGGAGCUGAAUGGGUCCUGCUGGGGCUGACCGGGUCCUACUGGGGCUGACCGGGCCGUACCGAAGCUGACCGGUCCGUACCGGGUCUGGCAUCGACCUCCUUUGCCCCCCCCCCCUCCCGCUGUCCCCCUCCCCUUCCAGGCCCGGCAGAGCCCCGCUGGCCACCAUGGAGUUCCCGGAGCACAGCCGGCAGCUGCUGCGGGGGCUGCGGGAGCAGCGAGCCCAGGGCUUCCUAUGCGACUGCACCGUGCUGGUGGGGAGCGCCCCGUUCCCGGCGCACCGGGCGGUGCUGGCCGCCUGCAGCGCCUUCUUCCACAUGUGCUACGCGGAGCGGCUGGACAAGGGCGACCUGGUGUGUUUGAACAGCGAGAUCGUGACUCCGCCGGCCUUCGGGCUGCUGCUGGAGUUCAUGUACGAGGGCCGGCUGGCGCUGGCAGCCACGCCGCUGGAGGACGUGCUGGCGGCCGCCAGUUACCUGCACAUGAACGACGUGGUCAAGCUGUGCAAGAAGAAGCUGCAGGCUCGGGUCCCGGCUGAGGCCGACAGCACCAAACGGGAGGAGGAGGAGGAUGCCCCCGGUUCUCCCCCGCUGCCACCCGCUGCCGCCCAGCAGUGCCCACCCAGCCCUGGGGGGGCGCCCCUUUUGCCCCCCCCAGGGCCGGCCCCCGCCCCCCCCGAGCCGCCCGUGUCCCGUGUGGAUGUGGCUGACACCACACAACCGGGCAUGGAAGGCGACUGGUCCCGUGCUGCUGCCCCGGAGCUGCCGCUCCCCAGCCCCAGCAGCUCCACGGAGGCCGCCCCUCGGGGCACCUUCCCUGGGGGGGAGCUGCCGGCCCCGGGGGGGCUCUGCGCAGGGCCCUGGGCCCCCGCUGCCCCCGGGGGGCUGCUGCCUGCUGCGGUCAAGGUGGAAGCCAUCGUUAUCUCCGACGAGGAGCCCGAGGCCAGCACCCGCCGCUCCGCCGGCCUCUUCCCGGCGCCUGCCCGUGCCCCUCGGCCCGCGGCCUUCGGGGAGCCGUCGGGGGAGCCGCUGCCCUUCGGGUUACCGGCGCUGCGGGAGCCGCUGUUCCUGCCCCCGCUCGAGGGCCGCGGGGGCUUCGGGCUCUUCACCGACGAGGCCCCGACGUGCCCGACGUGCGGGAAGACGUUCUCGUGCUCGUACACCCUGCGGCGCCAUGCCACCGUGCACACCCGGGAGCGCCCCUACGAGUGCCGGCACUGCCUGCGCAGCUACACCCAGUCCGGGGACCUGUACCGGCACAUCCGCAAGGCGCACAGCCACGGGCCCCCCCCCCGCGGAGGAGCCCACGGUGACCACGACCGGGACUGUGAGAACCCCCCGUAACGGGGGCCGGGUGGUAGGACCCGGGGGUACCGGGGACGGGAAGGGGGCGGGGCCGAGCGGGUGUACGGCAGUCACGUGGUGCGGCUCGGGAAUAAAGCGCC